GUGGUCUUUCUAUUGAACCAUGUUCCUUUAAAUUACAUCCACUUAGUUUGCUCACUAGCAGGCUGUCAAAUGAAAGCAAAGCACCAGUACUUUCGUAGAUCAAAUCUGCAAAGUGAAGAGCAACACAGCAAAACGACUCAAUGGACUGCAAGUAGAGAACCAGAAAAGGUGAGCAAGAAUUUCCAAAAGUAACUCUUCUUGCAACAUCAAAAUAUACAAUAUUGUUUCUAUGGAAUAAACCAGCUCAAGCACUGCAAGUCAAGUCAAGUGUGAAGUUUGGGAGACAUAGAAACAAAGCAAAGCUCAGAUCCUCUGAAGUGGCUGCAUGUUGUCCUGAUGCUUAUGCAGAGCUAAGGAAGCACCUGUGCAGAAGUGCCUUAGAAGACCAAACUGCUCCAGUCUGUAUUCCAUUUAAAUUAUUGAAACAUUGACUCAAGACAUAUUUCUCAUUUGGUUAUUGCAUUAAGGACCGCAAAACAAUUCAAACUGAAGCCUAUGAAGGGAGACGUGAGGCUCAGCAUCAAAAUAUUAUUGUUUCUUAUCAACAUUUCAGUGUGCAAUGCACUUCACAAAUAAUCUCAAAUAAAUGAAUGGAGAAAUGCGACUGAGAGACAGCCUUUACCAAGACAACCCAAAAUCCUUAUAGAGAAGUAGGAAUUUCAGUCUGGGAUUAAUCUAUCUCUGUUUCGCAAAGAGGGUUUUGUGAUCACCAUGACAUAUGAAGCCUUCCAAAAGUAAAUACUGACCUCAACUCUCAAUAAUUUGGUCCUGCUUAGAGCAGAUGCAAACCAGCCAUAAAUAGACAAGGUAGGAAAUUUGUGGGAUAAAGCAGUUUUAAAAGCAAUGUGUGCUCUAAGGGAAUAAUGUCACUUUUAUUCUCUGUAGGUUGCAGUAAUCAGAUGUACUAAUUUAACAAAGUAGUGUUCCUGGAGCUAUGAAACAUGUACUAAUUAUGGCAGUAUUAGCCUACAGGCACCAUCUCUUUUUGGUCUGUUUCUUAGGCUUCUGUAUGGAUAGCUUUGUAAGAGGCCAAAAGAACAACACUGUAAUUUUCACCAAGGAAAACACAAUUCGUAAUUGCACAUGUCCUGAUGAUAUUAGUGAUAAUGACUGUGAUUACAAUCUGGCAAAUCUGAUCUGCAAUUGUAAGACCGUCUUGCCCUAUACUAUAGACAAAAGCUACUACAAUAAUCUGACAAUUUGGUUCACAGAAACAUCCAUGUUGGGAAUGCUGCUAAACUUUACAGCUGUGUAUGACCUGAAGCUCUCACUAUGUGGCACUAUUCCUCUGUCAAAAAAAUAUUUGACCAUUUGGGGACUGCGAAGACUACAAAUAAAAAGUGAGAUCAACGGCCAGUUACAACAGCAGAGUUUAACAAUCUACAGCAGCCAUGACAAUGAAGCACAAGGCAAAUUAAAGAUGCCCUGCAAAGACAGGAACAUGAUUACUCACAUUGCUGUUUUAGACACAUCUCUCUUCAAUGGCUUCUCCCCAUUGAAAUCAUACAGCGUGGAAAACAUCUCAAACAUUACAGACCGCUUUCCACAUCUGCCGUAUUUGGACACGUUCUUCACCACAAAUAACAAAAGCUGUAUUAUAACAUUCAUUUACUGACACAGUAUGCUUGGCCAUUUCUUCACUGCAGUCAUAGGCCAUCACCAGAAGUACAAUGUUGCAGAAGCAGAGCUCCCACCAUUCCUUUAAAAGAAGGAUGGGAAGCUUUUUCAGCCUGAGAGCCACAUUCCCUUUUGGGCAACCUUCUGAGGGACGCAUGCUAGUGAUGGCCAGGGCCAGAGACAUAAGUCGGUGGAACAACAAAUGUAAAUUUUACCUUUAUACAGUAAGCUAGUUUGUACACACACCCCUCUUUAUCCUCCAUUCAGUCAGGCAUGAGGCAUUCUCAAAGGACACAUUCCAGCCAAGCAAAAACAAUUGGGGUAUGAAGCUGGGCCAGUGAGGGGUGUGGCUUGAGAAGCAUUCCGAGAGCCAGAUAGAGAAGCCUGGAGGGCCGCAUUCAGCUCCUGGUUCUCCACUUUUGCUUUAAACUACACACACACACAAAUCAAAGUAAAAAAGGAAUCUUAAUUAGCACUGGCUCUAUAAUUCCUAUUUGAGUAAACUACAAAGGGAGCUCAUUUUCAUUUACUCUGCCAGCUGUCCAUGUUUUCUAACUCUAAUAAAGUUUGCCAGUUUUACCUAGCCUGCUAUGUUCAAUACUUAAGGUAACUGACUCCUUGACCUAUUUGGUCUAAGUUCAAACAAUAAUACUGUUUGCAAAAAAACAAUAGAUUCAAUAACAGUUCCCAGUCAUUAUUCUAGUCCUGGACAAUGCCCUUAAAGUAACCAACAAGACUCUUAACAGGCUCCAUAGGGAUCAUGUAUCCUAGGACAGUGGUUCCCAACCUGGGGGCCAGGAUCCCCAGGGGGGCCGCAUAGUAAUCCAGAGGGGGCCGUGAACAGUAAAGAAAUGAACUAUUUAUUAAUUUUUUAAAAAAAAGUCUUCACUCCCUCUACACUGUCUGUUUUCCACUGCCGCUGCAGAUGACACCUCCCCCUUGCUCCAAACAAGAGGGGAGGCCUUUUCUGAAGCUCCAGAGCAUCUUUCAGGCACACUAAGGGCAGGCAUCUGCCUAUAAAAUACAUGGCAGAUGCCAAAGGAGGCUGAGGGUGGAGCUACCAGGAAGAAGAGGAGAUUACUAUCACUGAUUCCUGUCUCCUUGCACUGCCGCUACUGGCAACACCCUUACUUAGAAUGAGAGGAGAGGGCUUUUUGUGAAGCAAAAAGAAGCAUGCCAGCAAAGAAAGGCUGCUUUUCCCUUUCCUUCCUGGCAGCCAGUCUGCCUCCCUGGGGGGAGGGGGUCACAAUUUUUUCCCAGCUUAUAAAGGGGGUCCCGUGCUCAUAAAGGUUGGGAACCACUGUCGUAGGAUAUUGCUUUGCUAAUAUGAAUUCAUUUUGCCAACAUUUUAAGUAGGAAAAUACCAUCAGAUAGGAUAAAAAAAACUCUUGGGUUUCCACUGUAUUGCCACAUCAUUUUUACUUUUAUACAUGAUGGUUUAAAUAAAGAAUGUGAAGGAGCCAAGAGUCCAUAAUUUUGUAACUAACGUUUCGGGUGACAUAACAAGAUGCCUCAGGCUCCUCCCCCACUUCCUGCCACAC